CAGAAUGUUACUGUUGUCAGUAAGGUCUCUACUGAAGUUACAACACUAGUUUGGGACAAUGAGGAAGUUCCUAGUGCUCCUCUUAUAAAUGUAUAUUCUGUUCCAAUUCGGGGAGGAAACAAUGCUGGCCACACUGUCGUCGUCGAUUCAGUUGAAUAUGACUUUCACCUUUUACCCAGUGGAAUCAUCAAUCCCAAUGUGAUUGCCUUCAUUGGUAAUGGAGUGGUCAUUCAUCUACCAGGUCUCUUUGAAGAAGCUGCAAAAAAUGAGAAGAAGGGAAAUGGCCUUCAAGAUUGGGAGAGUAGACUAAUCAUUUCAGAUAGAGCCCAUAUUGGUAAGUUGAAUUAUUGCUAUUAAAAUGCUCUCUGAUGA